AUGGAUGCUGCCCAUGCGAAUGCCGAUUGUGCGUUCUUAGGCAAGAAGCCGUUUGGAUUUUUAAUGGCUCUGCAAACGGCGUUCAGUUUAUUCAUCGUCUUACUAGUAGUAUUUGCUCCGUUCGUGUUUGAAGGUGUGAGCUUUGUAAGCGCUUGUGCUUUCACCCUCUUCUGUUCCUCUCUAAUCUACAAUCUGUUUCACAUUAUGGGAUGGAACCGUAAGUUGAUGCUUUAUGACUUCGAAUUCGUACGCCUGAUUAUCACAUAUUUUUUCUUGCUGUACGAUAUUACAUGCGCCGCAAAUGCGUUUAUAUGUCUUCGUCUCGGAAUCCUUCUAUUCAGAGCUGCACCAAAUAGCCAGAUACUUGCCCUGACUACAGUAAUAAUUGAUGGUGACAAAACGUCCAGGUCUGUUGUAGUAUCUUUUCCUGGACUCUUUUCCUGA